CUCAGUGAGGCUGAUGCCGUGCAGCAAGCAGUAGGUAAUGAGUCUUUGUGCAGAGUGAAGCUCUUGUCGCUGAACAAUAAAGCAUAUGGUACAAGCAAUAAAACACAGGGCUGGGAAAUUUAAGAAGAUUCCUCUGAACCAGGAAGAACUGUGUCUUCGGUGAUGCUGACACAUAUUAUAAAAUGAUAAUUUAUUUUGGAUCCUAAUGAAUAAAGAGUGCAAGGACUAAGACUACAGCUAUUUGAACAGGUACAUGUGACAGCGCUGCAGCUAUGAGUGGAAUUUUAAAGAGGAAGUUUGAAGAAGUUGACGGCUCCUCACCCUGCUCCUCUGUGAGGGAAUCAGAUGAUGAAGUUUCCAGCAGCGAAAGUGCUGACAGUGGGGACAGUGUCAAUCCAUCCACUUCUAGUCAUUUUACCCCUUCCUCUAUUCUCAAAAGAGAGAAGCGGCUGAGGACAAAGAAUGUACAUUUUAGUUGUGUCACCGUGUACUACUUCACCAGGAGACAAGGCUUCACAAGUGUGCCCAGUCAAGGGGGCAGCACCCUGGGGAUGUCCAGCCGCCAUAACAGCGUGCGCCAGUACACCCUUGGCGAGUUUGCAAGGGAGCAGGAAAGGCUCCACCGGGAGAUGUUGAGAGAACACCUCAGGGAGGAAAAGCUGAACUCCUUAAAACUAAAGAUGACUAAGAAUGGCACAGUGGAAUCAGAAGAAGCCAGCACCCUUACACUGGAUGACAUUUCUGAUGAUGACAUUGACCUAGACAACACAGAGGUAGAUGAGUACUUCUUCCUACAACCUUUGCCAACAAAGAAACGAAGAGCUCUGCUGCGUGCCUCUGGAGUGAAAAAGAUUGACGUGGAAGAAAAGCAUGAGCUGCGAGCCAUCCGCCUCUCGCGAGAGGACUGUGGCUGUGACUGCCGAGUGUUCUGUGAUCCAGACACAUGCACUUGCAGCCUGGCUGGCAUUAAGUGCCAGGUGGAUCGUAUGUCUUUCCCAUGUGGCUGCACUAAAGAAGGAUGUAGUAACACAGCAGGUAGAAUUGAAUUUAAUCCCAUCCGUGUUCGGACUCACUUCUUGCACACAAUAAUGAAACUUGAACUGGAGAAAAACCGAGAGCAGCAAAUCCCCACACUGAAUGGCUGCCACAGUGAGAUAAGUGCUCACAGUAGUUCCAUGGGCCCUGUCGCUCACUCGGUAGAAUAUUCAAUCGCAGACAGUUUUGAGAUUGAAACUGAACCCCAGGCUGCAGUGCUGCACCUGCAGUCGGCUGAAGAAUUAGAUUGCCAAGGAGAGGAGGAGGAAGAGGAGGAGGAUGGGAGCAGCUUUUGCAGCGGAGUCACAGAUUCUAGCACACAAAGCUUGGCACCUAGUGAGUCAGAUGAGGAGGAGGAGGAAGAAGAAGAGGAAGAGGAGGAGGAGGAUGACGAUGAUGACAAAGGAGACAGCUUCGUGGAAGGUUUGGGCACCCAUGCGGAAGUUGUCCCUCUUCCUUCAGUUCUUUGUUAUUCUGAUGGCACCGCCGUUCAUGAAAGCCACGCAAAGAAUGCUUCUUUUUAUGCCAACUCUUCAACUCUGUAUUACCAAAUAGAUAGCCACAUUCCAGGAACUCCAAAUCAGAUCUCUGAGAACUAUUCUGAAAGAGACACUGUCAAAAACGGUACCCUUUCGCUGGUGCCUUACACCAUGACCCCGGAGCAAUUUGUGGACUAUGCCCGACAAGCAGAAGAGGCCUAUGGUGCCUCCCACUACCCAGCUGCCAACCCCUCUGUAAUUGUUUGCUGCUCCUCUUCCGAAAAUGAUAACAGUGUGCCCUGCAAUAGUUUAUAUCCUGAACACAGGUCCAGUCACCCUCAAGUGGAAUUUCACUCAUACUUGAAAGGCCCCUCCCAGGAAGGGUUUGUCUCUACAUUGAAUGGUGACAGUCACAUUUCAGAGCAUCCUGCUGAAACCUCUUUGAGCCUUGCAGAAAAGAGCAUAUUGCACGAAGAGUGCAUCAAGUCACCUGUGGUUGAGACAGUCCCUGUUUAGUAGCUUAAAUUAUUCUAGGACCAACUCUUCUCCUAUUUAAGGCACUGUAUUUAAUUGGAUUUCCUGGGCUCAUCAUUGUUUAAACUGAAGACCAAGAAAACUUGGACGGUGUUUAAUCUUCCAGACUGUAUUUUGUUUUUUCCUUUCUAGCCACUUGACUGUGGCAUUGCACAAAUACAGUCUUCUGUAGGGAUUUUAAAAGACUUCAGACUGUUUUGAUAGAAAAUGCUAAAUUUUAAAAAUGCAUAUCUCACAGUUGCCUACCUGUCAAACUGUGUGAAACCUGCCAAGCUGUGUAGAUCAGAGCUCCAAAUUUUGGAUUAUCGGGCCUGUGCAAGUUUGUUAACUAAGGCUGGGAAAUAAUAAGAUUUAGAAUCCUAAUUUUCGAUAUAUCUGAAGAUAAUGGUGACUUUUUAUUGUAAAAGUAAUUAUUGUCAGAAAAAGAUAUAAUUGUUCAAUGUGUAUUUUAUUUAUGGUAGUUUAGAAGUCACGUUUUGAUGAAAAUGAACAGCCGCAUGUUCAUUCCAGCUGAAGAUACAUAGCUAGUUCCACAGAGCAUGCCCACAUGGAUUGCAUCUGGAAUCCAUUCACAUUUCUGUGAUCAUCACUGAUCAGAUUUGCAAAAUUCUGAAGGGUGAAAUAGGCCUAUUUUUGCUAUUUUGGGCAAAUAAAUGAUUCUAUAUGUGCAGGUCCUUACACAGUUUUCUCUAAAGUUAAGAGUUAGGACAAUCCUCUAGGGAGAGGCUAGUUCACUGCCCUCCCUCAGCUGACUCCAGAGAUGGAGGUAGAAGGAAUUGCCUUUCUUUUUUAAACAGCAUCAUCUUGGUUCUUAGCUUGGACAGCACCUUUAAGCUCUACCCCCUACAUCAAAAUGCACUUUAGUGCCCCUUCACGGUACCUCGUGUGGGGUGGGGACUGAGAACUUUUUGAGAUGAAAAAAU